AUGCCGUCAGUGAUGGAGAAGGGCAGUUCGGGUUCUGUGAUUCUGUCCCGGAGCCGGGCCAAGACGGCGCCCAACGGAGGCCAGCCCCACUCAGAGGAGGACAGCAGCGAGGAGGAGCACUCCCACGACAGCAUGAUCCGAGUAGGAACUAAUUAUCAAGCGGUGAUUCCUGAGUGCAAGCCUGAGAGCCCAGCCCGGUAUAGCAACAAGGAGCUGAAGGGGAUGCUGGUGUGGUCACCUAAUCACUGCGUGUCAGACGCCAAGUUGGACAAGUACAUUGCAAUGGCCAAGGAGAAGCAUGGUUAUAACAUUGAGCAGGCCCUGGGCAUGCUGCUGUGGCACAAGCAUGAUGUGGAGAAGUCUCUGGCAGACCUGGCCAAUUUCACCCCUUUUCCGGAUGAGUGGACUGUGGAGGACAAGGUGCUGUUUGAACAAGCCUUUGGCUUCCAUGGAAAAUGCUUCCAGCGCAUCCAGCAGAUGCUUCCAGACAAGCUCAUCCCCAGUCUGGUUAAAUACUACUAUUCUUGGAAGAAGACCCGGAGCCGCACGAGCGUCAUGGACCGCCAGGCCCGGAGGCUGGGUGGUCGAAAGGACAAGGAUGAUAGUGAUGAGUUGGAAGAGGGAAGAGGAGCCGCUAGUGAGGGAGAGCCAGAUGCUGGGGACCCCAAGAGAGAGCAGCCCCCCACCCGUCCCCUGAAUGCCCGGCCUGGCCCAGGGAAGAAGGAGGCCCAGCUCUCUCAGUACCGCCACCACCCUCUUCGGACCCGUCGCCGCCCACCCAAGGGCAUGUACCUGAGCCCCGAGGGCAUCACGGCUGUCUCUGGCAGCCCUGACCUUGCCAGUCUCACCCUUCGGGGCCUGGAUUCCCAGCUGGUCUCCCUCAAGCGCCAGGUACAAAGCAUGAAACAGACCAACAGCAGCCUUCGCCAAGCCCUAGAGGGCGGCAUCGAUCCACUCCGUCCCCCAGAGGCAAACACCAAGUACAAUUCCCGAUGGACCACCGAUGAGCAGCUUCUGGCUGUACAAGCCAUCCGAAGAUAUGGGAAGGACUUUGGUGCCAUCGCAGAGGUGAUCGGGAACAAGACGCUAACCCAGGUGAAGACCUUCUUUGUGAGUUACCGUCGGCGCUUCAACCUGGAGGAGGUGCUGCAGGAGUGGGAGGCGGAGCAGGACGGGGCUGCUGGCGCCCCGGCUCCCCCCGAUGAAGUUCGCAAGGGGCCCCCGGGCCCCGCUGCUGCCAGUGAGGAGGAAGAAGAGGUCCAGAUCACGGCAGUGUCUCGGUCAGUGCCCCCAGUGCAGCCGGUGCCCCCUCCUCCCACCUCACUGUCUCAGCCACCCCCACUGCUUCGCCCCCCAUUGCCUACAGCCCCUACCCUUCUCCGCCAGCCCCCUCCACUACAGCAGGGCCGAUUCCUCCAGCCAAGACUGGCUCCCAACCAACCACCACCCCCUCUCAUCCGCCCUGCCCUCGCAGCCUCCAGACAUAGUACCAGGGGUGGACCCCAGCCACCACCUGCUUUACUAGGGGGCCCCUCGGAGCCCCCACCCCCUUCACUAUGA